AUGUCAGCUACCCCAACCUCCUACAGCAGCCCAUCGCACCAGAAGUGCCAUGGCGCAACAAGCUGGCGAUGUUGGUGCCGCAACGUAAGGCGAAAAAACCGCCACAGCUGGAUGAAAGAGCUGAUGGAAGACCGGGUGAUGGACUUUGAGCGCAGCUUGCUUGAGUUGAUUGAUUUUGCACAAGUUGUGCGAUCCUGUAACGGCUUGCUGCUCGAGUCACUUCCAGUCUUUGAGCAGACGUGGCAGCGAGCUUCGAUCAUUGACGAGUGGUUCAGGAUGGGUUGGAGGUUUGCUGGACGAAGGCGCAAUGCACAAGUUUCGGAGGUUCUGACCUGGCAUUACCAAGCAGUGGGGGGCCGGCCUGGAGGGUGA